CAGCCCAGAAACCAACAGCUCUCACGCUGAAGCUCGCAUCCUCGCCCUCCAGCAUGAAGGUCUCCGCAGCCCUCCUGUGCCUGCUGCUCACCGCGGCCGCCUUCAGCACCCAGGUGCUGGCUCAGCCAGUUUCUAUCUCGACCGUCUGCUGCUUUAACGUGGCCAGUAGGAAGAUCUCUUUUCAGCGACUUCAGAGCUACAGAAAAAUCACCAGCAGCAAAUGUCCCCAGAAAGCUGUGAUCUUCAAGACCAAACAAGCCAAGAAGAUCUGCGCUGAUCCCAAGCAGAAGUGGGUCCAGGAUGCCAUGAAGUACCUGGACGAAAACUCCCGAACUACAAAGUAUUCAUCUUUUUGAGACCAAAUCAGAGCCAGAGGAAUGCCUGAUUCAUCUUCCCUGCUCUUCCUAAGAUGUGUCCUGAGAUAAUU